AUGUAUCGCGCCACACGCAACCAGCAUCUCAGGAACAGCUAUCGCAUUAUCAACGCCGCUGCCAUGGCCCAACCUGCGCAGCCCGAAACGAAGCUCCUCUGGAACCCAGAGAAUGUCAAGGAUGUCGCCGAGUCCGUUGGCAUUUCUUCUCUCAACGAAGAUGCUCUUCGCGUUCUGACGCAAGAUGCCGAGUACCGCAUCGGCCAGGUCGUGAUUGAGGCCCUCCGCUUCAUGCGCGCGGCGCGCCGCACAACUCUUACUGUCGGCGAUAUAGCACAAGCCCUUCGCGUUCUCGAUGUCGAACCCCUCUACGGAUACGAAUCAACGCGCCCGCUACGCUAUGGAGAGGCAAGCCUCGGUCCCGGCCAGCCACUUUACUACCUGGAGGAUGAGGAGGUCGACUUCGAGAAGCUGAUCAACGCGCCCCUGCCCAAGGUGCCGCGCGACAUGAGUUUCACUGCGCACUGGCUCGCCAUUGAGGGUGUUCAACCGUCCAUCCCCCAGAACCCCACGACCGCCGAGUCCCGAAGCCAGGAGUUGCUACCGAAAGGGCCUGGGGCUAACCCCGCCAUGGCCGCUCUUGCCGGCAACGACAACGUCUCGCUCCGACCAACAGUCAAGCACAUCAUCUCCAAGGAGCUCGUUCUCUACUUUGAAAAGGUCCAAAACGCUCUCCUCGACGACAACCCAGACGACGAGGUGGUCCGCCUCCGCCAUGCCGCUCUCGCCUCCGUCCGUACGGACCCUGGCCUGCACCAGCUGAUCCCCUACUUUGUCAACUUUGUCGCGAACCAGGUGACCCACCGGCUCGACGACGUCUUCACCCUCCGCCGCGUCAUGGAGCUCACCGAGGCUCUCAUCGAGAACACAAACCUGUUCCUCGACCCGUACGCCAACGCCAUCGCCGCGCCCGUCCUCACCUGCCUGCUCGGCCGCAAGCUCGGCGCCGACGACGCCACGAAGGACCAGUACGAGCUGCGGGAGUUCUCGGCCUCGCUGCUCGGCAAGAUUGCCCUGCGCUACGCCGCCUCCAACCAUCUCCUCCGCCCCAAGCUCGUCCGCACGUGUCUCAAGUUCUUCAUGGACCCGGACAAGCUGCCGGCUGCGCACUACGGCGCCAUCACAGGGCUCGCGGCGGCUGGAGGGCCCGAGGCCGUGCGCGUGCUCGUGCUCAAGUACCUCAGGGCGUAUAGCGACGAGGUCCUGCAGCGGCUCAAGGACAAGGGCGAGGGCCUUGACUUCGAGCUGCUCGUGGGUGGCAUCGUCCGGGCGAUCUCGACGCUCGUGGCCGAUGACAGGGCCCGGGCGAACGGCGUCAACGGUGGGCCGGCCGCAACGCAAACGGCCGAGCUGAAGGAAUUCAUCGGGCCCAUCCUCGGCGAAAGGAUCGCCGGCUUGGGGAACAAGAGGCUCGUGGAGCAGGUGCUUGAGGCGCGGACGAUCCAGUAG